CUACCGCUUCAUGGUAUAGAGCCAAAGUGGCAGCCCCAUCUAGCCAAUGAAGAAGAAUUCCACACAUUCCAUCCUGGCUACUGCACCUCAAAAAGUGGCCCACGCUGGGAUGAUGAGGCACUGGCCCAGGUUCAAGCCAAGAUUAGAAAUGGACUGCCAACACCGAAUGCACCCCCUUGCUUUGACUUUUUUGGAGACGCUUCCCAUGAUAACCUGUUCAGUCGUAUUGUGCGUGGAGAGCAGCAACAGUGGAGAGUGUGGGAAGACAGUGAGCAUGUUGCCUUCCUGACACCAUACCCAAACACUCCUGGACUCACUGUUGUGGUGCCACGCAAACCACUGUCCAGUGACAUCUUCAAACUACAGGAAGCUGACUACAAAGCACUGAUCUUAGCCACUUAUAAAGUUGCCCGACUACUGGAAGAGGGGAUGAGAGCUCGAGGCGUUGCACUGAUCUUUGAGGGCUUUGAGAUUGACUAUGCUCAUGCCAAGCUGAUCCCUGUGUUACCUUCACCAGAUGGCACUAAUCCUGCUGAACUGCAACCAGAGUGCUUCCAAAGCUACCCUGGAUAUGUGUCAUCACUGGAUGGCCCAGCAGCUGACCCUGAGGCCCUCAAAAAGAUCCACUCAAAAAUUACAGAGUGCAGGCCUCCUCAUUCAUGGGAAGACCCUCAGUCUCACUCCACACUUGCCAUCAAGAGCCCGUGGUAUCGCAACCUGUUCCAGAUUCAAAACACUCCACAGCACAGUGGAAUAAUUUCACAGUUCCUGCCAGACAUCUACCUGGCUGACUCAAUGCAAUUUGUGCUUGAAUACUUCCUUCGCUUCCAAGAGAACCUGCCAGGGACGUACUACAUUUCUCCCAGCUUUAGAGGGGAAGACCCUGAUACCACACACUUGAACCAGUUUUACCACGUGGAGUGUGAACUGUUGGGUGACAUGGACAAGGCCAUGUCCAUAGCGGAGGGAUUCCUGGCUCACCUUACCAAGUUCACAUGCACAUGUCACAGCCAUGCUGAGCAAGCUGGAUGGAAAAACGGCAAAGGAGAGCGGGUCUUGAUAGAAAAAUAUGGCGGUGCUGUUUGGCUGACUGAAAUGGACCAUUUGGGAGUUCCCUUCUACCAGGCAUAUGUGAAGGGCACUGGGCGGGUUAAAGCCAAAGCUGCUGACCUUCUCCUGGGACUGGGUGAGACUGUGGGUCUUGGCAAAUGUCAUUCCACCCCUGAGAUGGAACAAGAGGCCCUCAGGCACCAUGUCGUGCCAGAGCAGUCCUACAAGUGGUACAUUAACAUGCGGCAAGUGAAACCACUCCUCACCAGUGGAUGGGGCAUGGGGACGGAGCGCUACUUGUGUUGGUUGCUUCAGCAUGAUGACAUCAGAGAUAUAAAUAUAAUUCCUAGGAUGAAAGGAAUGAAGUACAUGCCCUGA